UACCCGCCGUACCGUCAUGUCAUAACGACGUGUUACUUUCUAAAUCGUGACAAAAUACGAACACCAAUCAAGUUCAGAGUAUUUACUUAAAUUCCUGUGCGUUUUAAUAAUCAUGUAUGUAUUAGCUUUGGCUUUAAUUGGGGCGAUCGCUGUGGCAGUUUUUGUCAUAGAUUCAUUAUGGAGUCUCUUCGAAUUUAUCAGUUCAUAUCUGAUGCCAUAUUUUAUACCCACGGAAGUGUUACCCUUGUCGAAGAAAUUUGGAUCUUGGGCCGCAAUUACUGGCAGCACAGACGGGAUUGGUAAACAAUACGCGCUGGAGCUGGCACAGCGAGGUAUCAAUGUUAUCCUCAUCAGCAGGAACAUCGAAAAGCUGAAGAAAGUCGCGGACGAGAUAGAAAAAUUACACAGUGUCAAAACGAAGAUUAUCGUAGCGGAUUUCAGUAAGGGGACCGAAAUAUACCAACACAUCGAAGAUCAAUUGAAGGACAUACCCUUGGGAAUUUUAGUGAACAACGUUGGCGUCCAAUACGAUUACCCGAUGCCAUUAUGUGAACUUCCAACAGCCAAGGCAUGGGAGAUCAUUAACGUGAAUGUGGUCGCUGUGACUUCGAUGACACGCAUGGUCCUGCCGGGUAUGGUGGCGAGAGGACAGGGAGCCAUUAUCAACGUGUCCUCUGGUUCAGAGCUGCAGCCUCUUCCUCUCAUGGCUGUGUACGCAGCCACUAAGGUUUACGUUCGUAACUUCACAUUUGCUAUACGAGAAGAGUACGGAUCUAAGGGUAUCCAUAUUCAGCACCUCUCGCCUCUGUUCGUAUCCACCAAGAUGAACAACUUCUCUCAAAAGCUGUUGGAUGGGAACCUCUUAGUGCCCGAUGCAACCACCUACACCCGCCACGCCAUCACAACACUCGCCAGAGUGCAGACCACUACAGGAUACUGGUUACAUGGAAUUCAGUACUUUUUCAUAAAAUUAGCGCCCGAAUGGAUCAGGAUAAAAAUUGGUGCUCAAAUUAAUCGUGAAUUUCGGAAAGAACACAUGCAGCAUGUUAGAACGAAGAUGUAACCAAUUAUAGAUAAUUUAGUACAAAUUUGUAUACUUUCUUUUUAUUGUUAUUUUAAUGGUUAUUUAUAAUUAAUUUAUAUAAGAGGUUAAAAGUUUUGUCCGAUAAACUUUUAUUCUACCGAAUACUCAUAUAUAUUUUUUAUAUUACUGUAUCGGCUGACAUAGCUUGAGAUAAGCUGCAAGUUUCGUUCGGAUGAUUGAUAAUGAGUCGAGAUGGUUCAAUGGUUGGAACAAUUGAAUUUUAACCGAAGAAUGCGAGCUGAAGCUCGGGCAAGCAUCACUGAUUUACCAUAUGCAUAAGUAUAUGACAAUCAGCCACUUAUGUACUUUAUUUUGUUCAUUUACAAUGUUUAAAUCUUGCUUUUAUGAAAUAAUCUCUGGCCAAAAAAUCUUUGCUCUGAGGAGAUAAUGUAUGUAAGUGUAACUGAAAAUUGUUCAUUUACGGUAUUUAAUUUAAAGUCUUGUAUUUGUUACUUUAUUGAUGCUUCAAGAUUGUUUCACAGUGGAAAUGAACAAAAAUAAUUAAUCAUCGUCGGCAAAAUACGGAGACCAUGAUAGCCAUAUAUUAUAUAGGUAAGGUUUUAUAUAAAUAUGCUAGAAAUAUUGUGAUAUUCUUAAUAGUGAUCAAAUUUUAAUUAAAUGUUUUCUUGAUAUUAAAUCAGAAUAAUGGAAUGAGGUUAAAACUUAGUGUUUUUUUUUCAGAAUAUCUGUAGUUAGUUAAUUAAUUGAGAUGAUUAGUACACCUCCUUACCGCUUUAUUUAUUUCAUGUCCUUCACCCAAAGGUUGUCUGGAAGAGAUCGCUCUUUUAGAGAUAAGACCGCCUUUUGUACAAAAUAGUUUUCGUUUCUUUUGUGUUUGUGUUUAAACUGGUUCUGUAACUCUUUUGGUGUACAAUAAAGCAUAUUCUAUUCUAUUCUACCAGUAGU